UCCAUUUCCGCUCAUGUGCUCGCUGGUCUUUGGUAGGUACUCGUGGUGUCCUGCGCUCGUACUGUGGCGGACCUCCAGAGGGGGUGCGGGGAUGGCGAAGAGCAAGUUUGAGUACGUGAAGGAGUUCGAGGUGCAGGACACCUGCCUGAGGAAUUGCUGGGUGGUGGUCAGACUGGAUGGAAAGAACUUCCACAGGUUUAGUGAGCAGCACAAUUUUACCAAACCCAAUGAUAUCCGCGCUCUUCAGCUCAUGAACCGAUGUGCCAAGAAUGUAAUGAAAGAGCUGGAUAAUAUCUGCAUAGCAUACGGCUCUAGUGACGAGUACAGCUUUGUCUUUCACAAGAAUUCCAACUGGCACAAAAGAAGAGCUAGCAAAUUUAUGACACACGUGGUUUCACAGUUUGCGUCCAGCUAUGUUUUUUACUGGAAGGAGUUCUUCUCAACUCAGCCAAUUCUAUACCCACCCGGAUUUGAUGCUAGAGUCGUGAUAUAUCCUACUGAGGAAAACCUAAAGGAUUAUCUAAGCUGGAGGCAAGCUGACUGUCACAUAAACAAUAUGUACAACACCGUGUUUUGGGCCUUGGUGCAGAAAGGCAGAUUAACACCAGCAAAAGCACAGGAACGGCUGCGGGGUACCCUUUCUGCGGACAAAAAUGAAAUUCUAUUUUCAGAAUUCGGCAUCAACUACAACAAUGAGCCAUUAAUAUACAGAAAAGGAUCUGUGCUUAUAUGGCAGAAGGUAAAUGAAGUCAGUAAGAAAAUUGUUAAGUUACCCAAUGAGACAGAUGAGCAAGAAGUGGAAGUGUCCCGCUGGCGAACUGAACCGGUCCUUUUGCACACUGACCUCAUCGGAGAACAGUUUUGGGAAGAACACACAGAUAUCCUCUCAUAUAGAUAAAAUAGGGGAAAGUUCUGUGGCUGAAUAUUUAAUGCAAAGAGG